AUGAUCAUACCCAAGGAGGUGCAGUGUAGAACCUGCCUGCAGGUAUUCUGCUGCGCCAAGUGCCGCCAAAAGCACGAAGAUGGAUACCAUCAGGAGGACGCCAUGUUACGCAAAAUUUGCUACAUUUGCAAUGACAGGCCGUUCCCGCUACGGAAGGACACAAAAAUCACACCGAACAAUUUGCUCAUUGUGCACAUCCUGAAGGAACAUCUGCCGCUGGAAUGCAAUCGAUGUCGAAAGGUUUUCUAUUCAUUAGCCGAUUUUCAGAACAAAAACAAAAACUGCUUCUUGUUUUGCGAAAAUGCCCCGGAAACGGAAGGUGAAUGUCAUCUCGAAAGCACCAAAACCGCCUCCCCAGGUAUCGCAUUGGCUACAAGUGCUGAUGAGAAUAAGGAAAACAUUAAAACCGACCAAUUGGACGAUCGUGUGGAGGCGGUGAAAAUUCGCGCACGAAGAAAAAGCAGUCUUGUACCGGGUGAUUUUGCCGAACCGGACAAUAAAAUCGACGAGGUGGACGAAGCGAUGCUGACUCCGCUGACGAAGAUAAAUCUCCGCUGGAAGCGAAAAAGUCGACAAAGUUUCGAAAGUAUGCUCUCGAUGACGAACAACACAUCGGUGGUGAAUGCUUCCGGGAUGCUACGGAUGGACGGGCAGGGUGGAGCAGGAUCGAAAAAGUUGGUUCGUACCACCUCAACACCCAUGUACCAGUGGCAGCUGAUGCCGACAGGGCCAAAGCAACCGAACGAAUCAUACUCGGCCACGUUGGGCCAGAUGUCAAGCAUUCACUGUAGCAGUGGCAGCGAAACGGACAGCCGUACGGAAGAUCUCGGUUCAUCACCCUUGGUACCGAACGAACUGGACAAGGUGCGGGCCAUCAUACGGAAUCGAUCGAAGGCGGUCGCGACACCUCUGCGACAGGUGAUGUCGAAGAGUAUACAGCGAGCCAUUGCACAGCACACCGGAAUGUACUCGAAGAUGCUUCAACCGGGCACCCAGCGUAAGAUGAGCUUCAACUCGACGAUGAGCAGCGGUAUGAAUAGUAUGAUCGCGUCACCAGUAAAAGAUCCGUUGGACCUACGUACUACACCGGCAUUGAAGCGCACCAGCGGAGGAAUCGCUGCUCGAUCGAUCCAGGCUCAGCGCAUGGUACGAUCAGGUGAUCCGGGUCGGGAAACGGUUCAGCUCGCACCGCCUACUAGGGUCGGUGUACCAGACCAUGCAAAUUCCGCUCCAAACCAGAACUCAACCGAAAGCUCUGAAUACUACGAAACGCAUCGCGAUGUGGAAUCGUUGCUAGUGAAUGCAAUCGUAGAUCGUAGCGAUAAUCCUCCGAAUCUGCACUCUGCCGAUAGCUACCCAGUCACACCGAAACCGAGCGGAACGGCACUGAAGAAAGUGAUUUCAUUCCAAGCGCUUCAGGAAAUGGAAAAGCAAGAAAACGAACGCACUGCACAAAAUGACUCGACCGACGACAUUUGGGGCACACCGUGUGGUGGUAUUCCGGCACGCAGUUACAGUUGUUCGGCCGUCGGGCUUGGCGACACGUUCAAAGCUUACGAUGCAUCGGUCGAAGACGCGGAAAACGAUUCCGGUUCGGACGAUGUGUUUUACCCGGUGCCGGUAAAGGGACGUCCCACAAUACGGGAAGGCAAAUGUUUCCGGGAUGAAUUACAGGCAAAGCACGAAAGUAAAGAAAAGUCGCAGGAAUUGUCCAACAAUGGUGGCAGUAAACUGUGGUCGAUCGUAUCGAACGUUAUUCGUUUAGCAUCGCGCAGUGAUAUACAGGAAGAGCAUUCGCUUGAUGGAGGCAGAACUAAUACAGCUACCGCGACCAGCGGUGGUGGACUUAUACAACGAGCGGCAUCGUUUGCGGAUUAUCUGAAGCACCGAUACACCCACCGAUCGGAUGGUGGUAUUACCCGCACUUCAUCCUCCGGUUCGGACGAAUAUCGCAUUUCGCAUGGUAAAAAGCGGCGCCGUGUAGCGUCCACCCAAACCCAACCGUACGUUCCGGCGAUGGUUGCAGGGCCAUUACCGGGUUCAAAGUUACAGUACAGUCCGGUUGCAAAACGGAAGCGCAUCCAGAGCCGCCAGCCAAUACAUCGGUUGCGCAACACGAGCAGCGACAGUGCAGGCAGUGGAAGCGGCGGUCCCAACGGAUGGUACGACCAAACGGCAGACCGCACAGGCCGUAUGUAA